GGUGUGAGGAUUGCGGUAAAAGCCUUAUAGGAGAAUGCAAACUCCACGGACCACUCAUCAGGGCUAAAGAUAGGGUUAUUCCUAGCCGAGCCCGUCUCACCCUACCUCAUUACCUCACUUUGCGAGUGUUGGAGCUGCGAGCUGGAAACCAGCAGAUCCUUGGAGUAUUUGCAAAGAAAGUAAUACAGAAGAGAACACAGUUUGGUCCUUAUGUUGGUCAACUGUCUACAAAACUGACCUGCUAUGAUGAGAGCAGGCUAGUCCUGCAGGUAUUGAAAGAUGGAGGGAAGUACUUUCUGGACACUCCCAAUGAAGACUGUGGAAACUGGAUGAUGUUUGUCCGGCUAGCCCAGAACCAAGAAGAACAGACCCUUGUGGCUUAUCAGCACUGUGGAGAAGUCUACUUCACAACUGUUAAGCCAAUUGAACCCCACACUGAAUUGAAAGUAUGGUAUGCUGCCGAUUAUGCCAAAUUUAUGGAAGCUUCUGCAAUCUUCAUUAAAGAAGAAUCCGAUGUCUGUCCUUUGCCACCAGUAGCAGCACUCGGCCACUCAUUCUCCACAGAAGUCUCACCAGUGUGGCUACUGUGAAAAGACCUUUCACAGAAAAGACCAUCUAAAGAAUCACCUUCAGACUCAUGACCCUAACAAAAUGGCCUUCAAGUGUGAAGAGUGUGGCAAGAAGUACAACACCAAGCUAGGCUAUAA